CCAUUUGUCAUUUUUUUGGCAUGCGCGUAGGGGAGAGCAACGAGAAUCGUGCUCACGAGUGUUUUUCAUGAAAAGUAAACUAAACUUUGUUUGUGAAUUGUGAAAACUUGUGUUACUCUGUGAAGCAGGUGUACAUCUGUUUUUUAGUGUUCUGUGUGUGAAAAAACUUUCAAAAUGAAUAAAACUUGCGCAAGGUGCGAGAAAACAGUUUAUCCCACGGAGGAAUUGAAAUGUUUAGACAAGGUUUGGCACAAAGGCUGUUUCAAAUGUCAGGAGUGCGGGAUGACGCUCAACAUGAGGACCUACAAGGGAUACGGAAAACUACCUUAUUGUGAAGCACACGUGCCAAAAGCGAAGCCCACCACAAUGGCGGAGACGCCGGAGCUGAAGCGGAUAGCGGAGAACACCAAGCUGCAGAGCAACGUCAAGUACCACGCCGACUUCGAGAAGAGCAAGGGGAAGUUCACACAGGUCGCCGACGACCCAGAAACCCUUAGAAUCAAGGCGAACACAAAGAUCAUCAGCAACGUGGCCUACCACGGAGAUCUGGAGAAGAAGGCCCAGAUGGAGAAGCAGAGGACGCUCAACGAGAAUGGAGAACUAGUUGAAGUGCCAAGCGACAACUACCAUCAGCAAAUCGAGAAUUACGCGACGGAAAUGCUGCCUCCUACGGUACCAGUGCCGAAUCUGCCCCCCAAGAACCACUACCAGACGCCCACUACUCAAUACCAGCCCCCAGUCCAAUACCAGACUCAGCCACCACCGCCCCAAUACCAGCAAGCGCCCCAAUACCAGCAAGCGCCCCAAUACCAGCAAAACGCUCAGUAUCAGCAGCAGACUCAACGGCAGAACCAAUAUCCUGACCAGUACAAGAAGUACGAAGAAUACCAGUACGAGUACCAGAAUCAGAAUCAGUACCCUCAACAGUACCAGAAUCAGAAUCAGUACCCUCAGCAGUACCAGAAUCAGAAUCAGUAUCAGUAUGGGGCGGGCGGGCAGCCCAAGAUUGGCAGGAUUCAGGAUUACGAUCCAGUCAGUGAUGGGCCUAGGGCGCCGCCUAAUACCCAAAGGGCGUCUGCCACCCUCAUUUAUAACAGCACUAGUGAUGGAAAAAGAGGCGCUCACCAGCCUCAGCAGCAGUCGAGCCGCCAUAUUGGCCGCGUCACCGACCUGGACCCGCUGGCGAACGAACCAGCGCCGCCGCCGGCUAACCACCAGAACACGCCGCCACAGAGUGUUUACAUCGCGAUGUAUGACUACGAAGCGACCGACAGUGACGAAGUGUCGUUCCGCGAAGGCGACUACAUAUCGAACGUGACGUCGAUCGAUUCGGGCUGGAUGACGGGGCAGGUCCUCCGCACCGGCCGCACCGGCAUGCUGCCCGCUAACUACGUGGAGCGUGUUGCUGCGCCCGCCAGGUACGACUAAAGACUCCUGGAGAAGAGAGGGCUCGAAGGCAUGAGCGCUCGUGUUGAGAAUUAUUUCCUUGAUUGAAGCAUCAACUACAUUCAUGACUAAUUAAAAAAAUAAUAUCAAAAUCAAGUAAGUUUGGUAAGAAGUUGCCAAAAAUUGACUUUAAAAGAGAAACAUUAUAAUCGUAUUUUUAAAGUCACAAAAUACAUAAUAAUAUAAUUUGGGACGAAAUUAUUCAAAAUUAUGUCGAGUAGUGUUUAGGUAUUGCAAAAAAUUAUCCAAAAUUAAUUUAAAUUGAUUACAUAAAUAUCAAGAAUUACAUCGAACGCGAGCGCUCGCCGAAUUAGAACUACUUACUUAUAAUAAAUUAUGUAAUUGUUGCCAGAA